UUUGUACCUGUAGAAAUUUUACAGCGUUUUCUUAAGCAUCUCUAUAAGUGAAGAGUUACUGGUUUACUGCUGGAACCCGAAAAUAAAAGGAAGUGGAGCACCCAGGGCAAUACAACAUUAAAGGCUCUCCACACAAAAGUUUAAAACAUGGAAAGUCAAGACCCUGCUGUUGUUGAGGCAGUAAAGGCAUCAGGCGAGUCCACCCUGGAGAAGGCCACAGCAAAAGCUAAAGAAAGAUUUGACCAGUUAAUGAAUGUCUCACUUAACAUUGCUGUGACCGGAAAGACAGGAUCUGGGAAAUCCUCCUUUAUAAAUGCACUUAGAGGUCUAAAUGAUGAAGAUGAUGGAGUAGCACUUACUGGACUCACAGAAACUACAAAGGAGCCCACCAUGUAUGAGCAUCCUGCAGUGCCAAAUGUGAAAAUCUGGGACCUGCCUGGAAUAGGGAGUCCAAAAUUCAAAGCAAAUAAAUACCUCAAAGAUGUCAAGUUUCACAUCUAUGAUUUCUUCAUUAUUUUAAACUCGGAGAGGUUCAUGGAGAAUGAUGUCAUGUUGGCUAAAGAAAUAAAAAAGCAGAAGAAAAACUUUUACUUUGUCCGUUCCAAGAUCGACAAUGACAUUUUAGCAGAGCAAAGAAAAAAGGGAUUUGAUGCGCAGAACGUUCUUUCCAAAAUAAGAAAGGACUGUCAACAAAACUUGAAAGAACUGGGAGACCCCAAAGUUUUCUUGAUAUCAUCUUUUGAAGUGGAGCACUAUGAUUUUGAACUACUUCAAAACUCUCUGGAAGAAGAGCUUCCAGAACACAAGAGAUCUGCUCUUCUACAAGCCUGGCCAGUGUGCUCUGCUGAAUCUCUGGAGAAGAAGAUCAAGAUGUUUAAAGGGAUGAUCUGGGCUGCAUCUCUCGCCUCUGCUGGUAUAGCAGUCAUCCCUGUGCCUGGACUAUCAGUAGCAUGUGAUGCAGGCAUUCUAUUGCUUUUCUUCACAAGAUGCUACUAUGCAUUUGGUUUGGAUGAAAGAUCACUGACAAGGCUUUCGGAAAAAGUGAACAAGCCAUUGCUGGAACAUGUGACCAAAUCAAAGUUGGCAUCUGCCAUCCAAGAAAAAGCAGUGGCCAGAAUACAAGUCUCUGCUGCACUUGCAUCCCUUGCUACCAUUGAGUAUGUUGCAAGUCUCUUUCCAGGUGCAGGAAGUGUUGCUGCUGCAGGAAUAUCCUUCGGUACUACUAAUUACCUCUUGAGAGAAGGAUUAAAUGAACUGUCACAAAUUGCUCGAAAAAUAAGAAAGGAGGCUGAGCUGGACACACUGUUAUAA